GUGUCAGUAAACAAACGUCGCUGUAAGUGGAAGUGAGCUGUUGGUGCUGCUGCUGCUGCUGUUGCAAUGAUGGCACCAUUUUCGAUCACCUGGCUGGGAGUGGGAAUGAUCCUGGUCGUAGUGCUGCUGCAACUGGUGGCAUCCCAGGACUGCCAGCUGCAAUUGGAGAACGACAUGGACGCGGAGGAGGAGCCGUGCGUGAAUUUUCAUCAGCAUGCCUGCGGAAAUUGGUAUGCGAGCACUUCGCAGCGCACUCUCGGUGCCCAUGACAUGCGAUCCAAGUGGGUGGCAAAUCUAAAGCUGCAGCUCAUCCGAUCUCUAGAGGAAUCCUCACCCACCAACUCUACUAGCUCAACCUCCUCAACCAACCAGUUGGCCACGUUCUACAGGAGCUGCUUGUCGAGUGGCCAGUCGAUAAGAACCUACACCGAUGCACUGGCCCAAAGUGGUGCCAACUUCCCGCUGCUGACCAACAAUAGCGGCUCCUUCGAUUGGGUGCUGGCCAAUGCCGGGCUGCGAACGUAUGGAGCACAGGGUUUGUGGAGACUCUUGGUGCAGGACAACUGGCAGUCGGCGGAUCAGCGGAUCUUCUACAUGCUGCCACCCAAGUUCGAGCUACUGGGCCGCGAUGAUGAACUGAAUGAGUUCCUGUAUCAGCGUUAUCUGAAGAUUUUGCUCCUGGAAUUGGGCCUGCGAGUGCGUAGAGCUGCGCUGCUGGCCGAGAAAUUGGUUGCGUUCGAGAAGAGUCUGCAGAAGCUAUUGCCCAACGAUGUGGAACAGACGUUGGUGUUGCGCAAACCCGAGAGCCUCAAGGACUUGGAGCAGCAGCUGCCCGGCUUGCAGUUGAAACGAUACUUCGAGACGAUUCUGCAGGGCAUCGAUUGGGAUUCAACGAGCCUGCUGCUGGUGGCGGAUGUGGAGUAUCUACAGGGUCUGCAGAGAUUACUGGCGGAGCAUACGUUGGAUCCCACGAUCAUGUCCACGUGGCUGCUCCUGCAGUUACCCGCAUACUUUGAAUUGCGAUUGCACGACGACGAUAAGUUGAGCAGCCAGCGGGAACAUUGCCUGGAACAGUUGAGGAAACUAAUGCCCGGACAACUGGGACGACUGCAAAUGCAAUUGGUCCUGGGUGAAUCGUAUCAGGAUGUGUAUGACACGGCCAUACAGCAGAUAGCCGUGCUAUUUCGAGAUCUGAAACAGCAAUUUGAGUUGGUGCUGAAUGAAACGGAGGUCUUUCACGACGAUUUGGUCACCCGCAACUUGGCUCGUGAUAAACUGAGGGCCAUGCGUUUGCUAACGCCUCGUCUGCAGGAUCCCAAUACCAAUACCAAUCCCAAUCCCAAUCCCAAUCCCAAUCCCAAUUCCAAUCCCAAUCUCAAUGGUGCUGCUGGCACGCCCCUGCUGGGCGGCAAUUGUGAUGAGAACCUAUUGCAGUUGUCACUUAGCCAAGCCAAAUUGGAAUUCCGGCAGGUAUUCGGUGAGCCAGUGACCUCGGCGCCAGCGGAUCCGCUGUCCGUGAAUGCCUACUAUCGCCUCAAGUUGAAUCGCAUUGAGUUGCCGCUCGGCCUGAUGGCCACGCCCCUCAUCCAGCAGCAGCAGUGCUCCUCGCAGGCGGACACGAUGGCCAAACUAUCCGCCGGAUUGGGCUACAUCCUGGCCCACGAAAUGGUUCACGCCUUCGACUACGAUGGCCUUAAUUACGAUGCCAUCGGCCAGUUGGCCAAUGGCCAGUGGCCGGCCAGGGCGAUUAUACGUUUUAGCCUGAGAGCCGGUUGCUAUUUGGGCGAACGGUACAGUAAUGCCACGCUAACCAUCAACGAGAACAUCGCCGAUACGGAGGGUCUUCGCUUGGCCCUCGACACAUAUCGCCGUCGAAGUGGCGACGCUGCACAUUUGCGCACCUUCUUCGUGGCCUUUGCCCAAAAUUGGUGUGGCACGGUGGCCAGUACGACGGGCUUGAGUCGACAUGCCGGACACGCGGAGCGGGUUAAUAAUGUCCUCGGCAACAUGCCGGAGUUCGGGGACACCUUUCAGUGCCAGGCCAGCAGCCGGAUGAAUCCCAUCGGCAAGUGCCGCAUUUGGUAAAUGUCUACUAGCAUUUAUGUUUAAAACUGAUGUAAAAAUGUUAUAAACUAAUCGACACAGAAAUAAAUUAGACUGUAGCCUGAAAUUAACGAGAAA